AUUAGCACUCUCUGCAGGGCUCCCCUGCCUUGUCUGUCUGCAAGGGUCUCUGUCACUGAUAAAGGAUUAAGAUAGCACUUUAAGUAAGUGAGGAUGAUGAUGGUGAGCGAUGACUGUCUGGUGGAGUGUAAGAUUGAUGAUGACAGUGAUGAGGACGAUGGAGGAGAAGAGCGGAUAAACAUGCCUCCUCCUCCUCCAGAAUUUGCAUCCAAAGCUUCGACUCCAGCACCCGACCCUCCAACUCCAAUAUCCAAAGCUUCAACUCCAAUAUCCAAACCUCCGACCCCUUCCACAGCCUCUGCUACGCCAACACCCACCCAUCCUGUCAACAGGGACCCUUAUGGCAUCAACCAGCACCUAAAGGUAGAGGUCAGUGACGUACUGGCGGAGCCCGCCACACCCCAUAGCAUAGACCAAGUGUGGCUUUACAGUGUCACUGGCUUCGAGAAGGCUCGUAUCUGGACGUACCGCUGCCUCUCCUUGCUGUUUGCUGUGCCCUUUGCUCUUCUUUUGGGUAUUUUCCUGGCCAUUCUUGCCUGUCUACACGUCUGGUUUGUGGUGCCUUGCAUACAGCUGAGCAACACCUUCCUCCCAUGCCUGCGGUCCUUGUUUUUGUGUGCUGUGAAUGUGUUCAUCGCUCCCUUCUGUGCGUCUAUUGCACUCUGCUGCAGUCAAAUCGCUAUUUCACUGUCGAACAAGGACUGGCAUCAAAUGAGAGACAAAGAAACUGUAUGAAUGUGAAACUUAAUGAGUGAUCCUGAGUGACUGAAUGACUGGGCGCGUGUGUGAUGAUAUUUUAUUUAAACAAGUCUUUUUUAAAUUUUAUUUCUUUUAAUUGGCAUAGUGCUGCAGUCUGGUAAU